AUGAUUAACUUGGACGCGUCCGAUCUGUUCAAGGUGACGCUCAAGGUGACGCUCCUCCUGCUGGCAGGACGCACCACCAUACCUCUCUUGCUUCGGUAUUUCCGAAGCACACUUUGCCACGAUGUACCCACCGUAGGGUCCUCGAAUGCACUUCUCUCGUUCCUUGGAGUGUUUAGGUUUUGGCACGAUGCAGUGGGAAUGAUCCAGGAUGGGAAUGCCAAGUAUCCUGGACGCGCAUUCCAGCUCCCCCACCCCGACCGAUGGAUUGUCUAUGUCACAGACCCGGAGCUCAUACGGGAAAUCUCGUCCAUGUCCACGAGCUUCGUUUCGCUCAUGGGUGCCUCAGAUUAUUUAUUCCAAGUGCAGUACACUGGGCUUUAUCAGGACCAACAGGUUGUCAACUUGAUACGGACGCGAAUUACGCGGACGCUGCCGACUCUCGUUCCCAAGAUGUGCGAGACAGCGGCUGAGUUUUUGAGGGAGACGAUUCCAGACACCGGGAAUGGCUGGGCCACUCUUCCCGCUCUGGAUGUCAUGUCAGAAUGUGCGAGUCGGAUUACAGCACGUAUGUUCGUUGGAAGUACGCCAGCACAUGAUAAAGAAUACACCCGGCUCUGUAUUCAGUGGGUGCUCGGGAUCGUGAAGACGAGUAUUCUGCUCAACAGCGCUCCAAACUUUACGAGAAGAACCUUAAAUUGGCUCUUCAACCCUCUACCGAGAAUCCUUGAUCAAGCUACCAAGAACCUCACGUCAUUCAUCAACCAACGGGUUUCUAGCCUUCACGAAAAGAGUGAAGAAGAGGAGAGUAACGAGACACUUCUCGAUGGGCUUCUCCGCUUAAACAACGAUCGCCCACUCGACACUUCUUUAAUUACGAAGAAGCUUCUUUCGGGCAGUUUUGCUGCCAUCCACACAACGUCUAAUAUCUUGACCUUCGCGAUCCUCUACCUUGCUUCUCGGCCGGAAUAUAUUCCGUGGCUCCGGGAGGAAGUCUCGACUUGCGUUAGGAAUGGCCAAUGGACGAAGAGCUCGAUAGAGAGCAUGGUCAGGCUUGAGAGCUUUCUCCAAGAGUCCAUGCGCCUAAGUUCGGUCUCAGCAGUCUCUGUCCUAAGACGGACCGUCCAACCGCUAACCCUUUCCGACGGUUCCUAUAUUCCAGAAGGAACCAUUCUUCUUGCAUCUUCCCUUCCCGCUCACCGCGAUCCGUCCAAAUACCCCAAUCCAGACGCCUUCGAUGGGCGGCGAUUCCAUACGGAGGAAGACUCGCUUACUUCACCCUCUUUAGCAUAUUUCCCUUUUGGUUUUGGCCCGCAUACUUGCCCUGGGCGCUUCAUCGCUUCAAGCAUACUGAAGACGGUGAUGGCGCAGAUCGUGCUGCACUAUGAUGUCAAGCUCGACCGCCCUGCCCGACCGGCUGAUUGCUGGGUGGGCAUUAUGUCGUUCCCUGAUCCCUCUUCGAAAGUACUCUUUCGCAGGAUACGAGACGAGCAUUCGGAUUGGCUGUAG